AUUUGUUUGGUCUAUUAAUUUAAUCUGAAUGAUUGAAACUUUUAGUAUUUUUGAUGGGUCGAAUUAUUAAGAAGAUGAUCUGCAAUAGAAUUUUGAUAUGCAUAAUGCUAUGUUUAGCAACAAAAGAGGUUAUUUCGUCCAAAGUUUCAUGGAAUUUACCUGCUAGUGUUGCUAAAUCAUUCCUGACAAGUCGACACAAAAGAAGUGAUCCUAGAUGUGACGAUGUUGAAGGGUAUUGUGAACACAACAAACACAUAUGCAUGCAACACAACGAAAACUCAAGAGAAAUCCGAUGUACAAGUUCGUCAUGUUUACCAACACAAACUUGCUAUCUCGCUACUCCAUGCCCUGGUCAUUGGCAAAUAGGAUGCACAGAUGACCAGUGCUUAUCCUUUCCAUGUAGUAAUGGAGGAUCGUGCCAUGACUUAACCGGAAAUUACAGAUGCAAUUGUAUUCCCGGAUGGGAUGAAGCAACAAGCUGCAGUACUGAUAAGAAUGAAUGUUUAACAGUACCUUGUCAAAACGGAGGAUCUUGUACAGAUAAAUGGGCUGAUUUUUCUUGUCACUGUACAAAGCGGUUUAAUGGUACAACUUGCGAAAAGGACUGUAGACCAGGACAUGCAGAUAUAACAUUUGUUGUCGACAGUUCAAGUAGCCAGGAAACCGACAUUAAUCGUACAGUAGAAUUCAUUUCUAAAUUUGUGAACAAACUUCCGAUGGGACCGAAUGACUAUCAAUUUUCUGUUAUCACAUACGGGUUUACAGCACAGGUUUUAUUCGACUUCAACGACUUCUCAUCGAAACUAGAUAUUCUUCAUGCAUUGAAACAAAUCCAUGGAAUUCAUUCGCCAACGUACACCAAAGUUGCCUUGUCAAAAGCCGUUGAGCUAGCAAAGAGCACGACUAGUGGAUCUAGGCUUACCAACGCAUCACAUUACAUUAUUCUACUUUACGAUGGAUUGUCAUCAGAUCGACAUGACGCUGAAAAUUAUGCUAUAUCUUUGAAUCAACAUCCGGUAUAUCAACAACCAAUCAAAUCUAUUAUGACAGUUGCAGUUGGAAGAUCUGUCGAUCAUUCAGAAAUGGUCAUGCUAUCAAAUAAACCAGAGCUUACAUUUGAUUUGCUGCAUUUUGAUGACAUAUACAACAAAUUACUUAAAGACACAGCACACAAAGAUUGCACAGAUUGUAUGCGACACACAGACACAGAUAUAAUUAUCUUGCAAGAUAUAAAAAUGAACCAAACGUCUGAGGGAUACAGAUCAAGACAAGAAGCAAUAAGACGUGUAAUAGAAAAAGUAGUUCGUUAUAAUGCUGAUGCACAUAUCGGUUUGUAUUCAUACACAAAUAACAUAUCCCAGGUGUUUCCUUUGUUUUGGUCAAACAAUACGGAUAAAAUGGUGGCCACAGCUCUUCAAGUAGACAGAAAAAGGAGUUUGACUUCCAAUUUGAGCUAUGCCCUGAACCAACUCCGCCAGAAAGGAUUUGUAUCUUCACAUGGGGGAAGAAGUUCAAAUAGGAAAAUUAUUGUUAUCGUCUCUGAUGGAAAUUGGCGGGUUCUGGCUAAUGUGAAAAGAGAAGUAACUCUGCUACAACAAUCACAUAUCGAGGUCGUCGGUGUUGUGGCUGGUCAUGAUUGCUCGUAUGAUAAUUUUGUAAGCGUCUUGUUUGAUCCUAGUCAAGUGUAUUAUGUUGCUGAAAAUGAUUUUACUAGCUUAGAAUCUUUUGCUGGAAUGACGUCCUAUUAUAAAUGUGAUAACGACAUUUUUAUCAAACGUCAGUGAUAAUUUCCAAUUUAUGUCUAUGUCAUGUGAAUAAGUGUUAUUUGCGAAAUGCUUAGAUAUUUUUGCGUUGUCCAUUUCCUGAAACAAACAUUAAAUCUGAUGUACAGUAGUUGUCUUUGGUUUAUAUAAUUUAUACGUGUUUCUCGUUUCUCGUUUUUUUUAAUAUAGAGUAGACCGUUGGUUUUCCCGUUUGAUUGAUUUUACACUUGUAAUUUUGGGGCCCUUUAUAGCUUUAUUGCCCUGUUAUGGUUUACUUUCAUAUAAAUUGUUAUUUGGAUAGAGAGGUGUCUCAUUGGCACUAACACCACAUCUUCCUAUAUCUAAAAAAUUGGGAAUGGAAAUGGGGAAUGUGUCUUAGAGACAACAACCAGACCAAAUAUCAGAAACAGCCUAAGCCCCCAAUGUUUCUUGCAAGAAAAUCCCGCACUAGAAGGCGUGCGUCACCAUGUCCCUAAACAAACAAGUGUACUAGUUUAGUGAAACUGGACGUCACACUAAGUUCAUUACUCCCUCCUUUGAAAACGGAGAGUAAAUACAAAAUGCAUUAUCUUUCAAAAUUUUCCAGUGCUUUUGAAAUAUUAUUUGUAGAAAAUUUGAUGCGCAGACUUGAUA